GGUCAAACGUGGGAGAUAAACCUAUAAAAGACUUUGUGCUAAACAGCUAAUACACAGAGACUUAGGUGUUGYUCAAUUCACAGUUAUGUUCCUGCUCAUUUUCUGUUUUGCCCUUGUGGCCACUACACUGGGCUGUGGAGUGCCAGCCAUCAAGCCCCAGGUGAGUGGAUACAACAAGAUUGUGAAUGGUGAGACUGCUGUGUCUGGAUCCUGGCCCUGGCAGGUUUCUCUUCAGGACGGCACAGGAUUCCACUUUUGCGGAGGAUCCCUGAUCAGCCAGUACUGGGUGGUCACUGCUGCUCACUGCCGWGUGUCUCCAUCGAGUCACCGUGUUAUUCUGGGCGAGCAUGAUCGUCAGUCCGGCACUGAGCCACUUCAGGUCAAAGCCAUUGCCAGGGCCAUCACUCACCCCUCCUACAACUCCUACAACUUUAACAAUGACAUCACACUUCUGAAGCUGUCCUCCCCAGUGCAGAUGACCACCCGCGUGUCUCCAGUGUGCCUGGCCUCCUCCAGCACCAGCAUCCCAGCUGGAACCAAAUGUGUCACCACYGGAUGGGGCAGGACCGGGCAAACCUCGAGCCCCCGUUAUCUGCAGCAGACUGCCCUGCCUCUGCUCUCCCCGGCUCAGUGCAAGAAUUACUGGGGUUAUGACAGAAUCACAGACGCUAUGAUCUGUGCUGGUGCUUCUGGAGUCUCCUCCUGCCAGGGUGACUCUGGUGGCCCUCUGGUCUGUGAAAGCAGUGGUGUGUGGUACCUUGUGGGUAUUGUGUCGUGGGGUACCAGCAACUGCAACGUGCAAACUCCUGCAGUGUACUCCCGCGUGUCCUACCUGCGCAGCUGGAUCGACCAGACCGUUGCUUACAACUAAAGUGCAACACAGUGUUGUAUAUGCAAUGACCUCAGUGUCUUACUGCAUCAAGAUAAACUGGAUAGAAAUGUUUCUGCUGUCCAUGAAUGGUACCAGUGUCACACUGUUCUGCCUUUUGGUCCAUUUCUUAGAUAUCAAGCAUUAAACUCUGUAAGAUGUCUAA